CAGACGAGCAGCUAGGUGAGGUGUUAAAGCCACACUUAUUUUGUUCAGUGAUAUUGUCAUUUAGUUUCUGUGUUGUGGAUUAUAAAAUAGCACAGUCAAUGCAACCGGUUUAUAUAUGAUGAUAUACUCAUAAAUUACUUUUUGUUAAUGAAGUAUUUUAUUUGAAAUUGUUUUAACCUGGUAUAUUUCUUACAUAAUUUUAAAACUUAAUCAUUAAAUUUAUUAUUUUCGCACUGUCCAAAACAAAACAUUAACAUUAAAUCAAAUAAAUGUGAUCAAUUUAUCACACAUUACACUUAUAAAAAGUCACUUCCCAAUAUUUCUUCCUCGUGUCCACGAGGUUCUUAAAGGUAAAUUUACCAUAAUCCGAUCAAUAUUUAUUGAUCGAUUAGCUCACACAUAAUGUUGUUGUCUGUCCGAGAUUACGUUCUUUAUACAUAGGUGAUCAUUAAAAUUGUAUAGGAUGAUCGUCAAGUUGAAUAACAUGCUGUAUUGUAAACUCAGCGAUGUAGAACGGACCGAAACAGCACUUUAUUUAUAAAAAUUGUGACAGUACUUCUCAUUCAUAACUAAAGUGUGGGUGUCAACGAUUGAAUCACCCCGAAAGGCACCACCACAGACGACAGUUAGACAGGAUGUGUAUUUCCUCAUCAUAUUCCGUUUUUAGUGAAAAUAUAAAAAUAUUAGGACUUUCAUAAAUGGAUAACCAUUUUGACUUUAUCUUCGCUGAAACAUGCAAAAUUAAAUUGAUUGAUGGCCGUUCGUCUAUCCUUUGUGAUUUACCUAGGACAGGUGUUAAUCACGUUGUUGAUAUUAUUUCGAGGUGUAUCGGGAGACUGCACUAACUGCAAGCCAGGUCAUUGUGACAGUAGUCAAACAUGUGGUGAAUGUGUUGAUGGUUGGUGGGGUAACCCAUGCGUUAAAAGAUGUGGUUCUCAAUGUCAAACGGUACAAAUAUCCACGGGAAUAUUCAGUAAAGUGUGUGAGAAAGACACUGGGAAAUGUAAAGGUGGUUGUAGAAACGAUGUCUACGGGGAAUACUGUAAUAAACAAUGUAGCAGCCACUGUCUACAACUUACAGGAAGAAUAUGUGAUCUUGUCAGCGGUAAAUGUUUACAUAGUUGUAUUCAAGGUUACUAUGGACAAGAUUGCACAUCAACAUGCAGCAAAGGUUGUUUUCCUAUGGUAGUGAAAGGUGUUGCUGGUUACGUUAACAAAUGUAGUCCACAAACCGGAGUGUGUGAAAGUGAAAAGGGAUGUAAACCAGGCUGGUGUGGAACAAAAUGCGACGUAUCAUGUGGAAUUAACUGUAAUACUACAUAUAGCGCUUAUUUUCGGGAAGACGUGAAGCAAUGCUCCUGCGCAACAGGAAAGUGCACAGAUGGCUGCGAGUCCGGUUGGUACGGUGAAAACUGUGAAUGUACAUCAGAAAAUCUGAAAUGUGAUGAAUUUGGAUGCAAUAAAACCACACGAUUGUGCAACUUUUGUCAAACUGGGUAUCAUGGGGGUAAGUGUGAUCAGACUUGUCCUCGCAACUGCGGAUCAGACGGAUGUCACAGAAACAAUGGAACAUGUAUAAACUGUAAAAGCAAUUUGUAUGGAGCUCAAUGCCUAUGCAAAGGCUAUUGCGACCUUGCUGGCUGUGAUAGUCAAGGAAACUGCCGUUCUUGUGCGCCAGGUUGGCAUGGAAGUCGCUGUUUAGAUUCAUGUCUUGGAAACUGCAAAGACAGAUGCGAUAGAAACAGUGGGAAAUGUUUGUCCUGUCGUGAUGGAUUCUAUGGAGAACAAUGCGAAACGCGGUGUCCAUUAAACUGCCAUGAAACCCUCUGUGAACAAUAUACGGGACACUGUCUUCAGUGUGUGAAGGGAUUCUAUUCAGAAGAUUGCUCUUUAACGUGUCCAGUGGGAUGUGACAGUUCAGGGUGUCAGAAAAUAACUGGAGCUUGUUAUAACUGUAAACGUGGUUUUACUGGAAAUCAGUGCGAAUGCCAUGGAUAUUGUUCGGGAGAAGGAUGUAAUAGCACUACCGGCUUAUGUAAAAACUGCCAGUCUGGAUAUUACGAAACGUCUUGUGACAAAUCAUGUCCUAAAAAUUGUAACGAUAAUAAAUGUGAAAGAAAUUCAGGAAAUUGCUCUUCGUGUAAAGAUGGAUAUUAUGGAUCUGUCUGUGUGUGCUUAGGUAAUUGCAAAAAUGACCAAUGCAAUGAGCGCGGCGUAUGCGCUAAAUGUUCCAGUGGUUGGUAUGGUGAAUACUGUACCAGCAAAUGUUCUGUCAGCUGUGAUGGUGGAUGCGACAGAAUCAGUGGAUUUUGUGAACGAUGUAACCCUAGCUGGUAUGGUCCACAGUGUAAAUGUAAAGGACACUGUACUCAGAAUGGCUGUGGUGCAGAUGGAAUAUGUUUGGCUUGUUCUGGUGGAUGGUACGGACAAAACUGCCUCCAAAACUGCUCGUCAAAUUGUUUGAGAGAAGAUUGCGAACGAUUAACAGGAACGUGUAGCAGUUGCCAGGUCGGAUUCUUUGAUAAUGACUGCCAUAGUAUAUGCCCUGUCAACUGUUUCAGUUCCGAAUGCUCUAAGAGUGGUGGAAAAUGCUCGUAUGGAUGUAAGACUGGUGGAUUUGGAGAUUUUUGUAAUUCAACAUGCCCGCAUCAUUGUGAUGAACAGGGGUGCUUAGGCAAUGGUGAAUGUUACGGGUGCGAGUCUGGUUGGUUUGGUUUGCAGUGCCAAUGCAGAGGUCAUUGUUCUGAACUAGGAAAGUGUAACACAGAUGGGAGGUGUCAUCAGUGUAAACUCGGAUAUUUUGGAGAAAAUUGCAACCAGACGUGUCCUCAAAAUUGUAAAGGAAGUUGUAAUAGAGGUGAAGGUUCGUGUGAUCAAUGCAUUCUUGGUUACCAUGGUGAAUUUUGCAAUGAGCCAUGUCCUACAAAUUGUAACAAUAAUAUUUGUAAUAAAGCCGACGGUACUUGUUCUAAAUGUGAAGCAGGAUGGUAUGGGUCAAAAUGCGUGUGUACUGGACUGUGUGGACCUGGGGAGUGUGAUUUAAAUGGAACUUGCUUUACGUGCGCUGUUGGGUAUCAUGGACUAGCAUGCAAUGACUUUUGUUCGUCAACUUGUACAAGGAAGGGCUGCCUACGUAAAAAUGGACAUUGUCUAGAAUGUCCAGUGAAAACGUCUGGAUCGUUCUGUAAUUGCAGUGGAUAUUGUUUAAAUGGUAGAUGCAAUACAGCAGGUAAAUGUAACAAUUGUAACGCAUCAUGGCAUGGUGACAAUUGCGAUCAGUCUUGCCCGAAAAACUGCGCGACUAAAAAUUGUGAUCGCAUAACAGGUGCAUGUUCUGAUGGAUGCAUAAAAGGCUUUUUCGGACCAAAAUGCACGUGCUUAGGUCACUGUAAAAGUGGAUGUGAUGACACAGGAAAGUGUUUUGAAUGCGAAGAUGGAUGGCAGGGUAUUCAGUGUACGGAAAAAUGUCCUGUCAACUGUCUAUCAGCAUGCGCCAGAAACAACGGACAUUGCCUCCAAUGUAAAACGGGUUGGUAUGGCGCUGAGUGUACAUGCAUUGGACAUUGUGAUGCCAGAGAAUGUAACGAAAACGGCAUUUGUUUUUCGUGUGCUGAAGGUUGGUCAGGGGACAAUUGUACAGUGCCUUGUCCAAAAAAUUGUAAAGACAACAUUUGCCUACGUAAUGGAAAUUGCGUCAGUUGUAAAAGUGGGUGGUAUGGAAAUACGUGUCAAUGCUCUGGUCAAUGUUCAGGUAGAGGCUGCAACGUGACCUCUGGAAUUUGUCAUGAAUGUGAAAUAGGUUUCCACGGAAAUACAUGUCUUAAUUCAUGUCCUCGAAACUGUGAUAAUUCAGAAUGCUCACGUAAUGGUCGAUGUUUAUCUUGUUCAGCAGAUUGGUAUGGUGAUAAAUGUAAUUGUUCUGGAAACUGUGGUAUAUCGGGUUGUGACACAGCAACACACACUUGUUACAACUGUGAAAAAGGUUGGCACGGUCCAAAAUGCCUACAAACAUGUCCUUUCAACUGUGAGGACACGGGAUGCCAUAGAAAAUCGGGUGACUGUUUGUCAUGCGUUCCAAACCGUUCUGGAGAUAAAUGCCACUGCAUUGGAUAUUGCGAUUAUUCUCAUCCGAACAUGUGCACUAACACUGGAGACUGCUACAACUGCAGUAAAAACUACUUCGGUGUUAACUGUGAUCAAAUGUGUUCAAAAUAUUGUGACGGAUGUGAUAGAAAAUCCGGAUUGUGCACAAAAUGUAAGCAAGGUCUUUAUGGUCAAACAUGUAAACAGACAUGCAAUGCUGAUUGUUUUGAACUAUACUGUGGGAAAGACGAUGGAAAGUGUCUUCGUUGUGGUCCAGGUCGUUAUGGUGAUUUCUGUGAGAAAAAUUGUAGUUCUAACUGCAUUGGUGGAUAUUGUUCUCAGAAUGGGACUUGUCCAUUGGGAUGCAAAUCUGGGUGGAAGGGCAUGUCAUGUAUAGAACCUACUGGCAUAAGUUUGGUAUUGAUUGUAGUCAUGUCAGUUUGUGGUCUGGUUAUAUUCUUGCUGGUGUUUGUUUUCAUCUCAUGUGCCUGCAGUAGAAGAGACCCAGGGGAUGGAAAAGGAAAAUACACAGCAACAACACAUUUAAGGAGAUGGGGGACUGUAGUACGUACUCAUACACCAAAUAUCCACCAUCCUGCUAACAGAGAGGCUAAUAACGGACAUAUAACAGAUAGGUAUAUGGAUACUGAAAUGUAGAAUAAGAGGUUCAUAGUCAGCCUACAACUCCUGCUUUUAACGUGCAAUACAAAACUGAAAAAUCCAUUAUGUACACAAAAAUACUCGUGCCAAAGUCAUGACUAGUCACAACUACAGUGCUUCAUCAUGUGUUCAAAGGCUUAUAAAGCUGCUGUAUUGUAUUAAACACAUUAUGUAUACGUCCUUGUAAAUAAACUGUCUUUCACAACAUUACAUUGGUGUUUAGACUGAAUGGAUGUAACAUGAGACUACAGUAGUCUUAGAUAAAACAAGUUGCUUUUGGAAUGUAAAACCUUGGUUAUCUACCGUUAAAGAGGUUAUCAUAAGAGAGAGAGAGAUAUUAUGUUUGCCUUUUCUUGUCAUAGGAGUAAAACCACCAAAUUGUCUCUAGUCUAUCUAAUGUUCUUUGUUUUUGUAUAUUUGAGAAACAGUGAUUGACAUGGUUGAUGUUUUGUGGGACAAAAGCAAGACAUUUUAAUUGUCCCCACUGUUAACUUUAGCAGAUAAGAUUAAUUUCUUGUAUAUCAUUCACAUCGUAUGGUUCAAUAGUUGAUAUUAUUUUCUUUUAGUUGAUAUUAUUUUCAUUAUGUUUCAUUUACAUUUUUUUUUUUGCAGCUUACUGCAUGUAUUGACUUUUUAGGAGACCAAUGUAAUGCUUAAAGCCUUUGUUUAAAUUUUUUGAUAGAGUCCAUUUUUAUCCAUUUGAUGGUGAACCUCCAUUGAUUCAAUGAGCCAGCAUAUUUUGUGGUUUUUAUGUUUUAUCCAUUAAGAAUCAUACUUAUUAAUUAAAGUAAUAAAAAGGAAGCAACAGUAGAUUAGCAGAUAUAUUUAUAAUAAUAAUAGUAAAAAUGUCUGCGUUCCAAUACCAUUUAUUACCAAAGAUCAGCUAAUAUUUUACCUUCCUGGUGUUGCCUUAUUGUCUCAUUUUAUUUUAUCUUAUUUCUUAUUUUUUUCUAUAUAUAUAUAUAUAUAUAUAUAUUUUUUAUUUGAAUCAAAUCAUGUAUAGCAAGGACGGCUAUCUUUUGAUGGAAGUGAAGCUCUCAAAACCACCUCAAUCUCUCUGAAAGUUGAAGUUGUAUUAGUUUUCCUCCAUAGCGAAAUAGUGACUUUGCUGGCUAUCGUUAUUACAACUAUCUAGUACUUUAUAUGUAUACUAUCAUGUUUAUAAAUGAUGUUGAUAAAUUGCUAUGAUGUUACAUGUAAUUUACAUUUCUUUAUUUAUUUGAUUUUUUAUUGGAUUAAUAGUGCCAUUUGAGGUAUAAAUCCUGCUGAUUUUUUGCUUUGUAUGUUGUAGUUAGAUAAUACAGUGGGAAUAACUAAAAAUAAUUGUAAUUUAGACACGAAAUUUAAUGGUAUGAAAUUUUAAUCAUUUAAUAUUUGUUAUUUAUUUUUUAUUGAAAAAGAUUCUUUUGGAAUAUUUAGGUUUUAAAGAUAUUUAAAAAAAAAAAGACAUUUUUGAAAUUCACAUACAAUCUGAGUUUUAUCGUUAAUGAAAGUGUUUUCAGUUUGAAGUCAACUGAAUAAUGUGUGUAUGAUAAAUUAUUUGUCUAGGCUAGCUUUAUUUCAACUAACAUCACCAUUUAGUGCUUUAAUGAUAAGAUUUUGGUAAUUGGAAAAGAAUAUGUGAUACACAUGAAUAUGUGCCUUAAUACACCAUGGUCUAAAAUAUCAUGAAAGUUCAAUUGAAAGACGGUUUGUAAUUGACAGACAGAUCUAUGUGAAAUAGAACCCCAGAAACAUUUCUUAGUCAACACAGGUAACAAAAACUCUUUCACUCUUCUAAUGUGAACCAGAUACAACAAACUACAUCAAGACAUAGAACCACAAAUUCAGGGCCCGGGCUUUCAUUCCAGAAGGUAUUACAUAUUUAACACAUAUUUGAAAUAGUUCACAUGCACUUGUAUCUGAAUUUUUAUAACCUUUAUACCUUUGUGCCUCUGCCACAGCUGCAAGUGUGAAAUAUUUGCGCAAGUUUGGUACCAAAUGAAAACUAAUGGACAAUGGAUCACUGUAGAACACUUUUUGAAUGUUGAUUUUAAAUAAUAACAAAAUGAAUGAAAAUAGUAAGGUUUACCAGAGACAUAUAUAUACAUAUCUCUCUGGGUUUACUUUGCCUGUUUCUCAUAUAAGGAGUACCUGGUUUUUUUUACUUCCGAACUUCCGGGAACCAGUGCGCUUUUAUAUGCAAUUAUGGGUAUGCUGAUUUUAUGAUCAAUAUUGUUUUUACAUGGAAUUACUUUCAAUUUAUUUGAACUUAAGCCACAAUAGCUAUGCUUGAAAUUGCAAAUUUAACAUAGAAAGCAAUGGGUCCAUGAAUUAGUGGUUUUAUACCUCGAGACGUGCUGUAAGCAAAUGUUGAACAUUCAAUAAAAAAGAUUAAACUAGGUGAAAAUAAUGAGAAAUAGUGAACACUAUGUUAUUUUGACGAGAAAUGUAUUUUUAGACAUAGUUUAAGUACAUAGUUUAAGUGUCAUUGCAGCAAACAAUUAGUUGAAAUUUUAGAUUUGAUAUGUUUGGUUAUACACACUUGAAAUCAAUGAAAAUUAUAGAGGGUCUAUGUUCUUGUAAUGUAAUGAAGAACUAACACUAGGUUUUUUCUUACUAAGUAAUUUGAAACAGCAUUUUUUGUAUAACAUAACAACGACUUAUUUUAUAACAGCACAUUAUUCUUACCUUUUCUGCUUAAAAUAUGAACAUUUCUUAUACACUUAUUGAUAUCUCCAUAGUCCAUACUCGUUUCAAUGUUUAUGUAUUUAGCUUUGUAUUUACUUAUUAAAAUUUUCUACAAAUCAG